AUGGAACCAACAACUGAUUGGUCUAAUGGGAUGAAAUACUAUAUUCCUGAAGUAAGGUUGAGAAAGACUAGAAAAGAGAAGUCUAAAUUGACUCAGGUGGCGGCAGCAACGGUGGCCAUUGGUAUCCUUUUAAUCCUGUUGGUUGUGUAUAUACGUCGCUGUUGUUACCGUAAAGAUAUUGCUGACGACAAAAGAGCUGUUGGGACUAAAAGUUUUCAAGACGGGAUUGCUGAACUUUACCAGGCGAGUCUGCAUCAUCAUCAUCAUAUUGAUUUAGAUAACAAGAGAAGAAUGAAUUACUAUAUUCUCCGACGUGGGGUUUCGGUGAAACCUUUGUUUAAUUGGGUUGACCAUCCAUAUCUCAUCACGGAUGCAGUUGAAAACGGAUGGUCUCGAUUUGGCUUCACCAAAUACAUGUCGUCUCCUUCUACGAGAUUGAGCCUGUUGGUAUUAUGUGCGACUGGUGAUUUUGGAGGAGGAAACGAUAUAGAGGUGAACUGGGAAGUUUUCCAAGGGUCAACAGAUUUCAUGCAAAAGAUCAGGAUAAAUUCAGGGUCAAAGAAAGGGAGUUUAGGUCAUCAUUCUAUGGAGGCAGCAUCUGUUAUCAGAACAGCUUUGCCUUUACCAGGACCUCCUUUGUGGAACUCAGCUUUCCCUCAAGAGGCCUAUUUCGAGAUCAGGAUUUUGUAUUGCCGUGGAGAUGAUCAUGAUUCAAGUUCAAGCGGCAAGCUAAGAGAAGGCGAGAAGACAAAAGUCAUCGAAGAAAACUCAAAUCCGAAUGCAAAUUCAGAAUCUUUGGUCCAGGUUACCAGCAGUCAUGAUAUUAACACGAUCGAGGAAUUGAAACAUGCAACUAGAGAUGAUGGAAAAGGUGAAGCAGUAAUGUUAUCGAUGGGACUAACUGCAGGUGACUCUCUUCCUUCGAAACUUCCUGGCAGCUAUCCAGGAUCCAUUGGUUUCAAUUCGGAUGGUUCCGUCUAUCUAGAUGAGAUCAAACUAGUGUUUGAAUAUGAGAAAGAAGAGUGGGAGAAAACAGAGAAGGUGAUAGGUUGCGGAUUCGAUCCUAGGCAAAAGAAAGUGUUUUUCACAUUAGACUCGGAGCUUGUACGUGUAAUAAAUUGCAAGUCUGAGGAAUUUAGAACUCCUCUUUAUCCAACUCUUGCAGCAAACGAUGAUGUUUCGGUACUUGUUAAUUUCGGACAAAGUGCCUUUGCAUAUGCACCGGCAAAUGGACAACGGACGCCGAAUCCAUGCUUCAUUGGCCCUCCUGUAAACUCCCCUGCUGCCGCACUAGGCUAUGAAGACAGCAAAGAGCUUUUCUCAAUGGGAAGAAUGGAUUCCCAAUGGCUAAACAGAUGCACAACUAAAGGCAGCCACAACAAUAAGACUCAUUAUCCAGUGACGGAAUUCAAUGAGGAAUCCAAGGAUGAUUUGUUCGAAAUCAUAUUGGAUAGUAAUGGAAGAUCCCCCAACUCAGUUUUGUAGCUUCAUGACUGACAAUUUUGUUUCUGCAAUGAAUGAGUGUGUCCAAGUCAUCUGGUUUUGGCGUUGAAUGAAGUGUUUCAUGUGAGUUUC